AUGUUUCGCACCCAGGGCACGCUCCCCUCUCUCGGAAGCUGGGCCGCACACGGCGGCGGCCAGCCUCUGUCAGACGCGAACGAAUUACACGCCAUGCCGUUUCGUCAGCACUCACGUACCUUUGACAAAACGAGGGUGUCGAACUUCAAACUCCGCGAAAGACGGCAGAUCGGCUACUGUUCUUCGUACUUGCGGAGCUCAAGCUACGACUCAUCGAUCAUAUGGACAACGACACCCUUUCUCUCAACGAUCAAGUCCGAGGUUCGAGAUGCUCUUCAUCCCAAAGCCUGCCUUGCUAGAGGAGUUGGGAUGACGGGCGCAAGAGACGCCUCGAUUCAUCGAGAAGGGGUGUGGCAUCCAGUACCGGGCGAGAGGUGUCCUAUCAAUCAAGGUCAACUAGCAGCUACGCGGCCGCGAGUAGGCACAAGCAACAACGUUGCUCUUGGGCGAAUGGGCACACUCUACUAUCGACCUAGGGCUGAUGGCAAAUUUGGAGCUGUCGAUUCCCCAAACUUUCGGCUAGAUGCUGGUGGAAGCUGCUCCAGCGCAUUGCGAAAGCUUGGUUCGAGAGUGACAGCCCACUCACACAUUAUCAAAGUUGAUUUUGGACGAAGAGCCCUCGCAAUCGUCCUCGACGUCGCCGGGGCCCUGCUCGCUUAUUCUGCCCCGUCUCAUCUCGUCCUCCUCCGGCCUCUUCCAGACCCCACCCCGGCCCCCGGUCUCUCUUCGAAGCCUUACCUACCGGAGCGAUUCCACGUGGAACUUGCGGGUCCCUCCUCCUCGAUCAUUGCGACUUCUGUCCUUUGGACGUCCAAUAUCUCUAUCCCCACUGGCUCAUCGUACUUCGUGUCCAGAGACGUAGGCAUCCGUCACAAUGACCUCCAAUUGGCCCUCCCGAGAUCGUUCUCGGCGGCGCCCCGGGGAUUACCCACCCUCCUCCGGGCUUCACCGAUCCGUGCUAUGCUUUGCUGCGCGUCCAGCAUUUUCUGCCUUCUCCCUUUUACCAACAUCCCGGUCUCGAAGGUAGUCUUGCCAACCGCCUCAGCUCGUCGCUGCCCCCCUGCCAACUCCCGUCCCCGUCUACUUUGCGGCUGCUGUAUUGCCGUUGCCACACACCCCAGCCGUACCUUGACCCGGUGUCGUGGACUCCUCGCACUCCCUUCCCGUAGUCUGCCGCCCCUCUUGCGGGUACGGCCUGAUGGGGCCCAUGGAGGAGGUAGAUGGGGGGUGUUCCGCCCCUCCUGCGUCACGACGCGGAAGCCACGGGCGACUGACCGCGUCUUGGGUUGCUUUCGAUUCUGCCCUACUCGUUACGUGAGGCUGUUUAGGAUCCCCCUUGAAAGUGGGUGCUCCCAACUUUUGGUACGAACGCUUCCCAUGUCCAAGUACAGACAGGCAAUAUCACAUAGACUUACACUUACACCCUGUUCACAAUACUGCCAUUACCUCCCCCACAAGCCUUUGAUACUCCACACCCGCUUUCCCUUCAGACAUUUCCUUGAUCUAUACCAAGAUGUCAAAACCGUUGGCGGGCUCUUCUGA